UAUAUUUAUUGAAAAAUGAAUUUAGAUGAACUAAUUAUUAAAGAAGUGAAAAAAUAUGACAUUUUAUAUAAUACGCAAUCUAAAGAUUACAGAAAAAUUGAGUUAAAAGAAAAAGCGUGGAAGGAAAUUGCAAACAAUGUUAAAGCACCAGUUGAUUUUUUAAAAAAAAGAUGGAAAAAUUUGAAAGAUGGUUACAAUAGAUAUAAAAUAAAGAAGACAUGAAAUCAGGAAGUCACCAAACAAAUAGUACACCAUAUAAAUACGCCGAAAGUUUAUCGUUUU